UGAAUAUCGAUUCAUUAGUAAAAAACCUUCCCCUACUUUUGAAUUAUCGAAACAAGAACUUUACGUAAGAGUUGAAGCUCCAAAAGGGGAAUUGGGAAUUUUUCUCAUAGGAGAUCAAAGUGGUUUUCCUUGGAGAUGGAUAAUCCGACCGCCGGGUUUUAUUAAUUUGCAAAUUCUUCCUGAACUAGUUAAAAGAAUGAAAUUGGAUGAUAUUAUGACGAUACUCGGUAGCAUAGAUAUAAUUAUGGGAGAAGUUGAUCGUUAAAAUGAUAAUUUAUGCAACAGAAGUACAAACUAUAAAUUCUUUUCUUAGAUUGGAAUCUUUAAAAGAGGUCUAUGGACUCAUAUGGAUAUUUGUCCCUAUAUUUUCUCUUGUAUUGGGAAUCAUAACUGGUGUACUAGUAAUUGUGUGGUUAGAAAGAGAAAUAUCUGCAGGGAUACAACAACGUAUUGGACCUGAAUACGCCGGCCCGUUAGGAAUUCUUCAAGCUUUAGCCGACGGGACAAAACUACUUUUCAAAGAAGAUCUUCGUCCAUCUAGAAGAAAUACUCCUUUAUUUAGUAUUGGACCAUCUAUAGCAGUUAUCUCUAUUUUACUAAGUUAUUCAGUAAUUCCUUUUAGCAAUCACCUUGUUUUAGCGGAUCUCAAUAUCGGUAUUUUUUUAUGGAUUGCCAUCUCAAGUGUUGCUCCGAUCGGACUUCUUAUGUCAGGAUAUGGAUCAAAUAAUAAAUAUUCUUUUUUAGGUGGUCUACGAGCUGCUGCUCAAGCGAUUAGUUAUGAAAUACCAUUAACUCUAUGUGUUUUAUCAAUAUCUCUACUAUCUAACAGUUUAAGUACAGUUGAUAUAGUUGAGGCACAAUCAAAAUAUGGUUUUUGGGGAUGGAAUUUGUGGCGUCAACCUAUAGGUUUUAUCAUUUUUCUAAUUUCUUCCCUAGCAGAAUGCGAGAGGUUACCUUUUGAUUUACCAGAAGCGGAAGAAGAAUUAAUAGCAGGUUAUCAAACUGAAUAUUCCGGUAUCAAAUUUGGUUUAUUUUAUGUUGCUUCUUAUCUAAAUCUAUUAAUUUCCUCAUUAUUUGUAACAGUUCUAUACUUAGGCGGUUGGAAUAUUUCUAUUCCAUAUAUAUCUAUUCUGGAGCUAUUUGAAAAGGAUCUAAUUUUUGGAACAACAAUUGGUAUCUUUAUUACAUUAGCUAAAACUUAUUUGUUCUUGUUCAUUUCUAUCGCAACCAGAUGGACUUUACCUAGGCUAAGAAUGGAUCAACUAUUAAAUCUUGGAUGGAAAUUUCUUUUACCGAUUUCCCUUGGUAAUCUAUUAUUAACAACUUCUUUCCAACUCUUUUCACUCUAAAUUGAAAAUCAAUCCAAGAUAUUCAUUACUUGUUUUAAACAAGAGAAAGAAACAAAGAUCAAAUUAUUCAUAGAUAAUUACAAUAUGCUUCCUAUGAUAACCGGGUUCAUGAAUUAUAGUCAACAAACCCUACGAGCUGCAAGGUAUAUUGGUCAGGGUUUCAUGAUUACCUUAUCCCACACAAAUCGUUUACCUGUAACUAUUCAAUAUCCCUAUGAAAAAUUAAUAACAUCAGAACGUUUCCGCGGUCGAAUCCAUUUCGAAUUUGAUAAAUGCAUUGCUUGUGAAGUAUGUGUUCGAGUAUGUCCUAUAGAUCUGCCGAUUGUUGAUUGGAAAUUGGAAACCAAUAUUCGAAAAAAACGAUUGCUUAAUUACAGUAUUGAUUUUGGAAUUUGUAUAUUUUGUGGUAAUUGUGUUGAGUAUUGUCCAACAAAUUGUUUGUCAAUGACUGAAGAAUAUGAAUUUUCAACUUAUGAUCGUCACGAGUUGAAUUAUAAUCAAAUCACUUUGGGGCGUUUACCAAUGUCAGUAAUUGACGAUUAUACUAUUCGAACAAUUUUGAAUUCACCUCAAACAAAAAAUGGGUAAACCCAUUAAUUUUAUUAAAAAAAGAAUGCAAAACUGUUGAAUUAUAUUAUAUUUAUAUAAAGAAUUUAAUUAAAAACUUGUAUUUAUAGAAUAAUAUUAAGUAUUAAGGCUCAUCCUUUUAAUAUAAUAUUUUCGUAAUUAUUAUCUUGCUUGAAAUAGAUAGGUUGAAAAUAUUAGAAUAAAAAAGCGAAACUGUCUAAUAAUUGUAUCUACAUCAAUUAAUAUUCAUUAGAUUCUAAUUUCACUCUAUUAGAAACAUAUUAAAAAAAAAUUCUCCGGUUAAAUUAAUAAGGUCAUGAAAAGGAUUUCUAUUUUUUCUUUUUUUAAUAAUAAAAUGGAUUUGCCUGGGCCAAUACAUGAUUUUCUUUUAGUUUUUAUGGGAUCUGGUCUUCUAGUAGGAGGUCUGGGAGUGGUAUUACUUCCUAACCCAAUAUUUUCAGCCUUUUCCUUAGGAUUUGUUCUUGUUUGUAUAUCUUUAUUGUAUAUUCUAGCAAAUUCCCAUUAGCUGCUGCACAACUCCUUAUUUACGUGGGAGCCAUAAAUGUUUUAAUCAUAUUUGCUGUGAUGUUCAUGAAUGAUUCCGAAUAUUCCAUAGAUUUCAAUAUGUGGACGGUUGGGAAUGGGAUUACUUCAUUGGUUUGUACAACUAUUCUUUUUUCAUUAAUUUCUACUAUUCUCGAUACGUCAUGGUACGGGGUUAUUUGGACUACAAGAUUAAACCAGAUUUUAGAACAAGAUUUAAUAAGUAAUAGUCAACAAAUAGGAAUUCAUUUAUCAACAGAUUUUUUUCUUCCAUUUGAACUCAUUUCAAUAAUUCUUUUAGUUGCUUUGAUAGGUGCAAUUUCUGUGGCUCGUCAAUAAAAAAGGUUCCGAUUAGUAAAAACCAAAGAAAACUUUGUGUUUGUGUAUGUUAUGAUAUUUUUUUCCGUUCAUUCAAUUUGAUUGAAUACUAUUUCAUUUUUUAAAUAUAAAUUUUUAUAUUUUAUAUAUAUUUGAAAUUUUUUCCCUAAUAUAGUUUUUAUUCGUACUUUGUUGUUAUAUUCUAGUUGAUUGAAUCCGGUGAAUUGUUUUUAUUAUUCAUAUUGAUAAUGAAUCAAAAUUGAUAAGGAGUUGCUCAAUGAUACUCGAGCAUGUACUUGUUUUGAGUGCCUAUUUAUUUUUGAUUGGUCUUUAUGGAUUGAUCACGAGUCGAAAUAUGGUUAGGGCUCUUAUGUGCCUUGAACUUAUACUCAAUGCAGUUAAUAUGAAUCUCGUAACAUUUGCUGAUUUUUUUUGAUAAUUCCCAACUAAAAGGGGAUAUUUUCUGCAUUUUUGUUAUAGCAAUUGCAGCCGCUGAAGCACCUAUUGGAUUAGCUAUAGUCUCGUCAAUUUAUCGUAACAGAAAAUCAACUCGCCUCAACCAAUCGACCUUAUUAAAUAAGUAGCAUAAAUCCAAAAAUUAUAGGUUUAAAUUUGCAUAUAUGAUAGGUUAUGACUUACUAGAUUAAAUUUGUGAAAAUCUAAGAAAUCAAAGUAUUUUAGCCCCGUUUUUUACCAAUUGAGCCAGAAUUCAUUAAAAAAAUUCUAUUAAAGGAAAUCAUUGCUUCAUCUAGUAUUUUAAUUUAAUAUAUCAUUUAGUUAUAAGUGUACUAGAUUGAAAAUUUAUGACAUUCAAAAAACUAUAGAUCCUAUGUCACAUUCAGUAAAAAUUUAUGAUACAUGUAUAGGAUGUACUCAGUGUGUCCGAGCAUGUCCUACAGACGUAUUAGAAAUGAUACCUUGGGAUGGAUGUAAAGCUAAGCAAAUAGCUUCUGCCCCAAGAACCGAGGAUUGUGUUGGUUGUAAGAGAAGUGAAUCUGCCUGUCCAACGGAUUUUUUGAGCGUUCGAGUUUAUUUAUGGCAUGAAACAACUCGAAGCAUGGGUCUAGCUUAUUGAUACGUUACCGAAAACCUGAUUUGAAUAAAUUUGGAAUAUAUUUUAUUUUUUUUAUUGACAAGUACUCGUACUCAAAGAAGUUCAAUUAUAUUUUUUUAUUUAUAUAUUUUUUUGAGUACGCGUUCUUUGGACCUGGUGUAUCUUGUCUUUACCACGAAUGAUUUUCCUUGGUUAACAAUAAUUGUUGUUUUUCCAAUAUCUGCCGGUUCAUUAAUGUUAUUUCUCCCGCAUAGGGGAAAUAAAGUUAAUAAGUGGUAUACUAUAUGCAUUUGUAUCUUAGAACUUCUUCUAACGACUUACGCUUUUUUGUUAUAAUUUUAAACUGGACGAUCCAUUAAUUCAACUGUCCGAAGAUUAUAAAUGGAUCAUUUUUUUUUUAUUUUUAUUGGAGACUGGGAAUAGAUGGACUUUCUAUAGGAACGAUUUUACUGACCGGAUUUAUUACUACUUUAGCUACUUUAGCGGCUUUUCCAGUUACUCGGGAUUCCCGAUUAUUCUAUUUCCUGAUGUUAGCAAUGUACAGCGGCCAAAUAGGAUCAUUUUCUUCUCGGGAUAUUUUACUUUUUUUCAUCAUGUGGGAAUUAGAAUUAAUUCCCGUUUAUCUCCUUUUAUCCAUGUGGGGUGGAAAGAAACGUUUGUAUUCAGCUACAAAAUUUAUUUUAUACACUGCAGGAAGUUCUAUUUUUUUAUUAAUAGGAGUUUUAGGUAUAAGUUUAUAUGGUUCGAACGAACCAACAUUAAAUUUAGAACUAUUAGGGAAUCAAGCCUAUCCGGUCACACUCGAAAUACUAUUUUAUAUUGGAUUUCUUAUUGCUUUUGCCGUCAAAUCACCGAUUAUACCUUUACAUACUUGGUUACCUAACACCCACGGCGAGGCACAUUACAGUACCUGUAUGCUUCUCGCUGGAAUCUUAUUAAAAAUGGGAGCAUAUGGAUUGGUUCGAAUCAAUAUGUAAUUAUUACCUCACGCUCAUUCUCUGUUUUCUCCUUGGUUGAUGGUAGUCGGUACAAUCCAAAUAAUUUAUGCAGCUUCAACAUCUACCGGUCAACGUAAUUUAAAAAAGAGAAUAACCUAUUCUUCUGUAUCUCAUAUGAGUUUUAUAAUUAUAGGUAUUGGUUCUAUAACGGAUCAUGGGCUUAAUGGAGCUAUUUUACAAAUAAUCUCUCAUGGAUUUAUUGGCGCUGCACUUUUUUUCUUGGCAGGAACUAGUUAUGAUAGAAUCCUACUUGUUUAUCUUGAUGAAAUGGGUGGAAUGGCUAUCUGCAUUCCAAAGAUAUUUACAAUGUUCACUAUCUUAUUGAUGGCUUCCCUUGCAUUACCGGGCAUGAGUGGUUUUGUUGCAGAAUUAAUCGUUUUUUUGGAAUAAUUACCAGACAAAAAUAUUUCUUAAUUUCAAAAAUUUUAAUUAUUUUUGUAAUGGCAAUUGGAAUGAUAUUAACUCCUAUAUAUUUAUUAUCUAUGUCACGUCAAAUGUUCUAUGGAUACAAGUUAAUUAAUGCCAAAAACUUUUCUUUUUUUGAUUCUGGACCCCGAGAGUUAUUUCUUUCAAUCUCUAUUCUUCUACCCAUAAUUGGUAUUGGGAUUUAUCCUGAUUUUGUGCUCUCAUUAGCAAGUGACAAGGUCGAAUCCAUUUUAUCUAAUUAUUUUUAUGGAUAGUUUUCA